AUGAUAAGAUGCACAUACACAUCUCAGAAGCACAAGAAGCAAAAGCUAUGGCUCGAUGGAUUUGUAAGUUUGAAAGGAAAGAAAGUCAGCUUGUAUGACUCUGAGAAGAAGGUUAUAGAAAGUUCGUUUGUGCUUUCUGUUGAAAACGACAUGGAAAUGCAGAAAUAUCUUGUUUAUGUUGAUUCUUUUGAAGACUUAGAGAACGAAUGUAUAGAGCCAGAUGACAAGGAAAGUAAAUCGUAUGAUAAGAUUGGUAGAUACAACAACUCUUAUAAUGCAGAUGAUAAAUACAGCAACUCUUCCAAUACAAUCGAUAAAUACAGUAAUGUUACAAGCAUCAAAGAUAAACAGAAUGACAUAUCUAUGAAUGAAGAUGACCACAAUAUGAAUAAGAAUAUUAUACACAGCAACCUAAAUAAAACUUCAAGUGGAAUAGAAGCACAGGAACCCACAGAUUUGAGCAGAAAUGAAGAGCAUGGAUGUGUAUCUAAAGGAAGAUCAUCAAGUGAAAUAAUUGAUUUAUUCAGAAGGUUAUAA